GUAGAGGGCAUGUUUGAUAAAAUGACAUAAUAGAGUGGUAUAUUAUACCUAUAUAAAAAAAAAUGAGAUCAGAUCGGUUGAAUUUUUGUAUGAAAUUGAGAAGCUGAGUCGCAUGAGAAUGGAUGCCGAUCCACCCAAAUUCGUUCAGCUGCCCAAUAAUCGGUUUUCAGAACCCUGGGUGCCAGCUGCCAAGUCGCCCCUUGAUAAUUAGGGUCUUAGGUGAACUAUUGAUUGUCCAAUAAUCUCUUCCCUUUGCAUUCCAGUCAGAACUCAAGUUUUUUAGUCAACCACAAAAAAAAAGAAAAAAAAGAAACUCGAGCGAGGUGAAAGGAUGGGAGACGAGAAGGUGAAAAGUGAGGCGAUGCAGAUAAUUGGGAUGUUUCAGGUUCUGCCCAGAUUAGUCGUCUUUGAUCUCGACUACACUCUCUGGCCUUUCUACUGUGAAUGUCGCUCCAAAAGGGAAAUGCCAUCUUUGUAUCCUCACGCCAAAGGCAUAUUGUACGCCCUGAAGGACAAGGGGGUUGAUAUGGCUAUUGCAUCCAGGUCACCCACCCCUGAUAUUGCCACCACGUUUCUUGACAAACUCAACAUCAAGUCCAUGUUUGUAGCGCAGGAAAUCUUUUCCAGCUGGACACACAAAACAGAACAUUUCCAGAAGAUCCAUUCGAGGACUAGUGUACCGUUCAACUCAAUGCUCUUCUUCGACGAUGAGGAUAGGAAUAUUAAUACGGUCUCAAAAAUGGGAGUAACAAGCAUUCUAGUGGGGAACGGGGUGAAUCUUGGAGCACUGAAGGAAGGACUCACGAGGUUUUCACAAAACACAAAUGCGGUGGAAAAGAACAAGCAGAGGUGGAAGAAAUUUUCUCAGAAGCCAAACGCAACUUCGUCCAAGGAAAAAGAGGAUGAUUGAAUGCAAACAACUGUGUGCCUCUACUUUUGAACCAUAUAUUGUAACAACCAACAAUUGGACAAAACACUGUUGUUGUGCCUGCCUUUACUUUGGGCCAAAAUGUGUCUCCUUUCCUGCCAUUUUAAUAGGUUGCGAUAUUGUAUCCAGAGUUCCAAGUUGUGUCUUUAAGAUUUUGACCAGAACAGCCAAGUGUCUGUCUGUUCUCAUAGCUGAUGAAAUCCAAGUUCUGAGAAAUGGACUUUGGCAAUUCAGACUCCCUAGCCAUGGUUCAUCUGCCAAAAACUACGAUCUUUCUCCAUCAAUUGUUGUUAUUAGAGACUGGGACUGUUCUUAACAUCACUCUCUUAGAUAGGUGAACCGAGUGGGCGAUGCUCUUGCCGGAAAAAGAUGUGAUUGCGUGGAAUGUGAAAGCAGAUAAGGAUGCAAUUUGUUAGGCUGUAAUUGUAUUUGACCAUCCCUGCAGGGUGUUGCUAUUUCCUUUCACCUAAGGGGGGGGGGAAAACAAAACAUUUCUCAUAUU